CAGACAAGGAUAUCCUGAGGCACGAAGGUUGAAGGAAUUGUCUACGUCUGCCUGGGGACACUAGUUCUUGCCACCCUACCUGGAACGACUUGCAACUCCAUGGCUUAUCCCAUUCAACAGUACAAAUGGAACGAUCUCGUAUGGUCUGCCAUCCUCUCUUUCACCCAACUCGACGACGCGCGCAGUCUGUCCCUUACGUGUCGCGAUAUAUAUCCGCUCUCUCGACGCGCCGUCCUGUCUCGCGCGGAGCCAUCCACAUUUUCUCAAGUACAGACAAUAUGCUCGUACAAGCUCGCCGACCCCCGCAAUCGCGCCUGGUGGUUGCACGAGCUCUGCGUCUCCAUCCCCGCGAAAUACUGCUCGCGCGUCACAGAGGAGCCUGAGCCGUUGCCGGUGCACACCUCCCUCGCCAACCUACUCGAGGCGGCGCCGAACCUCCGUAUUCUGUCUCUCUGCGACAUGGACAGGUCCCUCCAAGUCGAGCCACGCUUCGGCCGCGCUCUCAUCUCCUUGAGGUGUCUCCACACCCUCAAGCUAGGCGGCAUGUCUCGCCCCACACUGGAGCUCGCCAGAAAGAUGGCAAGUCGUCCCUCGGACGUGACCCUCGAGUUCGUGAGGCCGUUCUUCUACUGGACACCGGACUGCCGGGACAUCGCCUCGCUGAGCAAUCUGCCUCUGCUCGACAACGCACACACCGUGCACAUUGAUUGCCUCGGGCCCCUCGACGGCCGUCUGUACCGCUCUCGCAUGGAUCUUGGCAGCCAUCCGAGCGUGCGCAAAGUCCGCCUCGGCAGCGGGGGCAGCGUCCUCCCCUUGCACCGCCUCUUCCCCAGCAUGCAGUCGCUGUAUUUGACGGACAUCAACGUCCCGUUCUGGGAACAAUGGGCGUGGCCGCAGAACGUGCCUCUGGUCGAGGUCAACGCGACAGUGGCAGCGCUCAAAGGUUUCACGAACGCGACCGUCCGCUCGUUGCACAUCCAGGAUCGGCUGGACGUUAACACGGGGACACGGCGAGAUGGAUUCGGCCCCCUGCGUGCGAUGAGACCCGUCUGCCUGUCCGUCGGCUCUGGUGUGCGUCGCCCUCGAGAGCCCGCCUCGCUGAAACACUGGGCAUCGUUCUUGACAGCGAACCUGGGCCCCGAAGGGAGGCUGCGAUGCCUCGAGCUCGAGGCACUGUCUUUCCGGCGUGCAGAGAGGCCUCUGCCGUUCGUGAAGUGGCUCCUUCCUUUCCUCGUGCCGUCCGCUCUCGUCUGCGUCAAACUGCACUUCAACUUCAACCGCGCACCCCGCUCCGGCGCCCCUGAGCUACCGCACCGUGCCCAGCAGGAGGUGGACGCGGCUCGCCGCAUGCUCGUAGACUCCGUCCCCUCGCUCCAGUACAUCUGCAUCGUCGCCGGGUACAGACACCCCGACGCGCCCUCCGAGUCUGGUCUCCUUAUUCGUGUCCUCGGGGAGUGCACCUGGUGGCGGAUAUCCACGUCCACAGACACGGGCGAGCGACGCGUGGAGCGGAUCUCGGACGAGGCUGGGGCGCUGGUCGAUCGCUACAUGCGCUCGGCCGAGUUUGAGGAGACGUUGACCCUCGAUCGGUUCGUCUUGGCUGAGUCCUAGAUGGUAUGUGUUUAGCCAUCUCGUGACGCACCCUACUCGCUGAGCGACAUGAAGACAGCGCCAACGCAGUGUUACUUGGCGCGAGCGAGGCUUGGAAACCUGUCGAGCCGCGCAAUCGCGUGGGAGGUACACGGCGCGGAGAACUGGCAUCGUGAGGCUUGGAGGCGUAUAUCAGUUGAACUAGGUGAUUGAGAUGCAAUGCGACUCACUUGUGCGCUGUCGGAAGGUAGCAAGACAGUGCGUUGGUGGGUGUCUCGAGAGUUGAGAGACAGACGACGCGCAUCGUUAAUUCAUGGUACUUAAACCGUGCGUAGUGUACUUCAAUCCAGUUCAUGUCUGGAGCAGUCCUAGUCAUCGCCGACACACUUGCCCGG